AUGUAUGGUUCAGAGAGCACGAACUAUGGCUUCUGGAAAAGUAAUGUUGGGGAAGGGAUUACCUUCGAAUACUACUAUCCCACACCCACAGUUAUAGAGAAACCGUACUUGACUAUUGCAGUUCUACUUAAACCAUUCGACGCAAUUCCAUCUUCACCAAUCAAAGAGCUGCUUUCUUACAGAUCAUCCAACAGCACUGAGAGGAGUAAUGAGCUUGCAAACUUGUGGAUUCGCACUUGCAAUGAGACUCAUACUUAUUGCAAACGUUCUUUGGCCCCACUGGAGACCAGGGUCUUGCCAGCACGCUUGCUCGAAAUAGGAUCUAGAUCUGGACCAGAACUCAAGCCCAGACUCAUUCUCACGAACAGCCUUCCAAGAGAUACCAAAUACAUGACUCUCUCCCACUGUUGGGGAGACUACCAACCUUUGACUCUGACCUCUUCAAAUUCUGAAGGAUUCUUAGAUUCGAUACCAUGGGAAAGCGUGCCCAAAACCUUUCAAGAUACAAUGUUGAUUGCUUCGCAGAUCGGUGUAAAGUACGUCUGGAUUGACAGCCUCUGCAUUAUCCAGGAUUCCGACGAGGACUGGCAGGAACAAGCAGCCAUCAUGGGCGACAUAUAUCAGAACUCCCAUUGCAACAUAGCCGCAGCUGUAGCCAAGGAUGCACGAGAUGGCUGUUUCGUGAAGAGACCGCAGACUGCCUUUCGCUCCUGCAAGAUCAAAGCCCGGUGGCGUGGUAGGUCAAGCCAAGUGUACUUUUGUUGUAGCUUCAAAGGUUCGGAUGAGACUUGGGAUGGUCCGCUUCACAAGCGAGCUUGGGUACUCCAGGAAAUGGUCUUGGCUCCCAGGGCACUUCACUUUGCAAAACAGAUCUGGUGGAAAUGUCUUGAGUUGGAAGCAUCCGAAACAUUCCCUUACGGAGUACCAGACAACAAAGGCAUAAGCAACCGGUCAGGUCUGGAUGUUUACUCGGUGCGACAGAACAUCCUGAGAGCCGGCUCUGAGAAGUUCCAACGUUUCGAAUUAUGGGAGAAACUUGCUUUUCGAUACUCCGAGUGCGCAUUAUCGAGACCAAAGACAGACAAGCUUGUCGCUAUAUCCAGUAUUGCGAGGAAGUUGGUUGGCAACGGAGACGACUAUAUUGCGGGCCUGUGGAAAGAGAACUUAGCUGAACAGCUGACUUGGCACAUUGAUCUGGACCAGCCUGAGAUGAUGCCUCCGAACACCGGCUUUCCUUCGUGGUCCUGGGCCGCCGUAAAUAGAAGAACUUGGAUCGAAGUCCCCCACGAGUACGACGAGGGUCAGAUCACGAUUACUGUGCGAAUUCUGGAAAUGCAUGCAACAUUGCAAGGCGCUGACCCGUUUGGAAACAUUGAGCCAGGUGCAUUUCUUCGUCUCGAAGGUCCGUUAGUGAAGACAACUAUCCGACCAUACGAUAAUGGGUACCACCACAGCUUUGAAUGGUUGCUAGGAAACAGCGUGGCAGAUGUAUAUCCUGAUCAUGGGAAGUAUACUGAAGGUCAAACUGUAUUCUGCUUGUUGAUCAGGGUUGGUGAAAUUCGGAGGGUGGAUACGGGCAUCGUGCUUGAGCGAGAUGAAGCAGUACCCGGACGGUAUCGGCGAAGUGGGUUUUUUCGUGCUUACGAUGGCUAUAAGGGAGAUAAAUGGUUGCAGUACUUCAAUCUGAUGCGUCGCGAUUCGCUGAGGAGUGAUGAAUAUGAAGAAGCACUGGGUGUUGACCCGACCUUAGGUCUUCCGUUCUAUAGGAUUAGUAUUGUAUAA